AUGCUUCUGUUCUAUCUAGAGUUCCUACAUUCUCUUGAAAACUCGCUGUCUUCGGCACUGCCAGGCACGCAGGCUGAGUCGCCCAAGUUUACGGAUACCUUUUCGCUUCUCCGCCAUUCAAUGAACCCACAGGGAUCUAUCCAAGGAGCGCCACGCUUCGGCGAAGACGGGCGCAAACUCAUUGGGGUAAGCGUCGGCAACGGCGCGGGCGGCUUUUUUCUUCUCGCUCUGCCCCACACGGAACGCCUGGCAGUAUUCCCGCCCACAGGACGGUUAAAGCAAAAUUGGAUCCACCCUUUUAGUUUCAGGUUUUACUUUUUCGAUGCCGCGCCAUUGCUGUACUGGUGCUCGCCACGGCCACCAUUGUUCGUCCUCGCUCAGCACCCUUUGACGCACUAUUAG